UCCAGAGAUGCUGCUGCCUGUCCCGCUGAGUUACUACAGCAUUUUGCAUCUGUCUUCGGUGUAAACCAGCGUCUACAAGUGUCCUGUGCCCGGCCUGCAGGCGGCGUCACCUCAGGGCCCGGCCUCCACCGAGUCUCCAUCGCGCCCUCCACAAACCUCGCGCUGUUUCCCAGCUCGUUGCCCUGGAAACCGGGCGGCGGCGACGCCAUGGAGGGUCGGCGACGGCCGGCGAGCUCGACGAAGAAAGCAAUGUCUAAUAGAUCUGGCUCGCUGCCAUCAGCUUCAGCAAAGAAAGUUCCUCCAGAUUUACUCACUAAAGAAGAAGAGUACAAGAAAUUGAAUGCAGAAUUGGAAGCAAAAACAGCUGAACUGGUGCGGCAAGCUGAAGAAGUUAUGAAGGGACAAGAGGAAAUGUUUUCUCAAUCAACGCCACAGAAUGAAACAUCUGCAUUAAUGGACAAAGAGAAACUGAGAGAAUUGUUUUCUUUUGCUGGAUCAUCUUUUGAAAAUAAAGUAACAAAGAACAAAAGUAAGGUUGGUUUGAGGAAUGUAGAACAAACCAGACCAUGUUCAGAAAGCAAAGGAAAGAAAAUGACAAGUGCUAAACAUAAAAGUCUUGAAUUACACGUGGCUGAUGAUGUUGCAGUUCCAGAGGACUUUUCCAAUUUCUCCCUUGCUAAGACAAUUAGCAAAAUUGAAGGCCAGCUGGAGGAUGGAAGUCCUGCUGUUGUAGAAGAUGUGAUAAUGCCAGGCGUUGGCAAUGAAAUGAGCACAGAGGCCCAGAUACGAUUUCUGAAAGCAAAACUAAGAGUAAUGCAGGAGGAACUGGAUAGACUAGCUCAUGAAUACAACAAGAAGGAUGAUGAAAAUAAUACCUUGACUAGCCAUGUAAAGGAGGUAGAGGAAGAACGCAUCCGAUUACAAAAGGCAACGAACAUCCAGCAGUCUCAAAUUGAGAAAUAUAAAAGCCUGGCUGAUGAGGCACAAAAGAAAAGUGAUGGUUUACAGCAACAAGCGCUCGCUUUGCAAAAGGAAUUAGAGACCCAGAAAAGAGCCCAGAAGCAAUUUGUAACAAACCACAAUGCCACAGAGGUUCGUCUGAAUCGGGCAUUAGAAGAGACCGACAAAUACAAGGCGGAGCUUAAUAAAGUGAAGCAAAGUAAUAAGGACAUAACUAAUCAAGAAAAACUAACAAUUGAACAGCUGAAGUUAGAAAACAAGAAGUUGGAAAAGCAGAAAAAUGAGCUUAUGACUGGCUUUAAGAAACAGAUGAAGUUGAUAGACAUUUUAAAAAGGCAAAAGAUGCAUGUGGAAGCUGCUAAACUGCUCUCCUUCACUGAGGAGGAAUUUAUUAAAGCAUUGGAAUGGGGAAACUGAUUGGAAGAAAAGGCAGAGUAAUAACUUAAUAUUGUAAACCAUACAUUUGAAUGCAAUUUCAAGUUUGCAAAAUCUAUUCAUGUUUUAAUAUUAUACAAUUAUUUGAAUGAAAUAAAGAUAUUUUCUACAUUUUUCAUUUCCUUUUUCUCUUUUUCGUACUUGUCUAUUAAAUAUCGGAUGUUUACUUGCUGCAAACCUGAUGAUUGUCUGCAUUCUUCUUUAUUAAAUCCCAAAUCUUGAAAUGGUA